CGGCCACCGGGACUGGGUCGUAGUCCUGGACCAUGUGAAUGACACUGAUGAGACGGCGGCCAUAGCUACCAUGAUACCUCGCAGCGGCCGAAUCUUGGUCACCUCCCGUACGACAACUGCCGUGGCCAAGCUCGUGCGGAAUCGAGUCUCGGCUGUGACCAUUGAAGUGGGAUCCAUGUCGACGGUGCUGGCAAUUUGCGUUUUUGCGAGCGAGAAUAACGGUGCAAGUCCAGUGGGAGGAGUCCAGUGGGAGGAGUCGGUGGCGGCCGAGCUUGUCGAGCUCCUCGAGGGACAUUCCCUUGCACUCGCGCACGCUGCUGCGCUGAUCAACCGCACUCAGUCGGCUGUAUCUGGGUAUUUGGCUGGCAUUCAGUCUCGACGUAAUUCAGAGAUCCAGCCGGGCCAAGCAUAUUCGUCGUCAUCCGUUGCGACAGUCGCCAGGGAAAAAACCGCCCAUGUCCCUAGACCGCUGCUCUGGACCUUGGAAGAGUCUUUCUCACAUCUCGUUCGCGAGUCGCGCUCCAGUGCCCACCCGCUGCUGUCCGAGGCACGGGAGGCCGUAAGCCAGAUAUUUACGUCUGCCGACAGUGAUGACUGGAUGACGGCAAGGGAAUUGUUGCCACAUGCCGUGUCAACUCUUCGGUUUACGGGGGCGGCUGAGAACGACGAGUACGAGCUGCAUGUCUGGGACGGCACGCACGCCGACUACCCGCCCCCUUUCUACUACCCAGCCGACGAGUUGGAUAUCUGGUUUUGGCAAAGAGCGCAACUCGACUGCCCCGAAAUUUCAGAAUAUCUGGAUCCGAAGCCGUUCGCGAAGCCAGCAGAUUGUGGUCUCCCUGAAGACUACCUGCCCAACCAGAACGACUUUCUGAGAGACACACCAGUCAAUGAUCAAGACGCCUUCUUUGCUCAAAACACGGACGCCGGAACGCUCCAGUUCGACGCUUACAUUGCACUACACAUGCCAAGAGUCAUACACACAAACAUCUGGUAUACCAAGGCUCGGCGAGUUGUAGUCUUCCAGAUGUGGGAUCUGGAUGACUUCAGUUAA